AUGUUGUUAAGUGUUCCUACAAAAGGUAUAUGUAUUGUCGGGAAGGGACAAUGCAGUUUUCACAGAAAUUCAAAUUACAUCCUAGCCGGCUGUCCAAAUAGGAUUUGCCAUAAUUUCAAAUCAGGAAUACAGAAAGCUCAUAGGUACUCUGGUCCAUCAUACAAAAACACUGAUGCUACCCAGUGGUGCAGUAAUUCAUGGGAAGUGGCUAAAUGCUUCAUGCCCACAGAUGGGUAUAAAGAUAAAGCAUCUGCAGCAGAAACAGACUUCAACGGUAUAAUCAGCGUUAUCCUAAAUUACAAAGACUUCAAGGGGAAAGUAUAUGAAAACCUCAAUAAUAAGAUGAAUAUAUUUGAAGAGGCAAGAGAAAUUGGAAAAAAUGUGCGACAUUCUUCCUCGCUUGAAGUAGAGGAUUCAGAUCUUCAGAAAUACUUUCAACUUUUACAGAAAUUACUUUCUGAUCCCGUAUAUUUAGCUACAGACACGCAUGCACAGAAUGCUAAACAGAAACUUACAGAGUUAGAAAAUGACACUCUAGUCAUUGGCAAAGAUGAUGUAAAGAAAGCACUAGACGAUGCGGCAAAAGCAGUUAUGGACAAGAUGAAAGCUGGAUUAGAUGAGCAAUAUGACAGAAUUAAACUAGAUAUAAUAAAAAGAAAACAAGAAUUUGAAUCACAAACUGCCGAACUGCUGAAAAGACUGAAUGAAGAAGGUGAUAAAGAACGGACACAACUGACUGAGACGUUACAAAAAGUAAUAAAGUCAGCAAGCAAAGACAAGAAAAAAGAAGAAUAUAUUGAAUAUAAACAAAAACUGAAGGAUGAGCUUAUUACAUGGUACAAAACCAAUCAGAGUACAGUUCCUCUUUCACCACUCACAGAUGCUUUCCCUACACCUCUAGCCGGGUUCUACAUUAUGCCAGAAAUUGACAAACAGACGUAUCAACCAGAUGGAAGGAAAGAAACAACUAGAGUCAAGUCGUUACAGGACCUGUUUACAUCUCCAAGGGAAAUAUAUUUAUCAGCAGUCGCCGGAUUUGGAAAAACAGCGUUUUCAAAAUAUCUUGCCUUGACAUGGUGUCAAGCUCAUCAAAAGGAUGGGAAUUAUGGGCAUUUUAAAGAAGGAGAGUUAAAGGCAUUAUCUGGCUUUGAGUUUUUAUUUCUAGUGCUAUUGAGAGAUUCAGCUAAAGUUUGUGAUGUUGACGACAUGAUUGAACAACAAGUCAUACAGUACCUUCCUUGCUCAUCUUCAAUGCCAAAAGGUAUAUUAAAGGACAUUCUACAUGAUGAAAAAUGUCUUGUGAUAUUAGAUGGACUUGAUGAAUGGACACAUCCUGACAAUGAUUGUACAAGAGUUCCUAAAAUUAUUCCACAUCGAUAUGCACGUGAAAAGUGUGUAAUCUUGACAACGACCCGCCCAUGGAAGUUUGAAAUGUCAAACUUGAGUCAAAUAGUCGAAACAGUAGAGCUAGUUAAACUAAAUAAAGAAAAUGCCAGGCAGUUUAAGUGUAAUGCCAUGAAGUUGUUGAAUGUGAACCUUCAAGAUGGUGAACUGCAAAAUGAAGUUUGUAGAUUUGAAGAAGCAAUCAGUGACCAUGACAUUGAAGACAUGGAAUCCACCCCUCUCCUGUUACUCUAUCUUAUAUGUUUAUGGAUUGCAAAAAUUCCAAUAGGAAAUUCUGCAGUAGAAUUAUAUACAGGCAUUAUUCAGCUCCUUCUAUUUAGAACAGAAAAGUUACAUCGAAAAUUUCAUUCAUCGUGUGAAACAUUCCCGAGUAACGUUCCUGAAUGUUUCAGAAAACAUAAACAUUUCUGUAGUUACUACACGUUUCUGUUGACCAUUGGGAAACUAGCUUUUUAUACAUUGUUCAGUAAGAAAAAGGAGCACACAUUAGUUUUUGAUAGAAAUGUUGCUAAAGAAUAUAUUAACCAAGAAGAUUUGAAAUCAAGCUGUCUAUCAGGAAUACUAUCAGAAAGUAAAGUGAAAACAUUAGUAAGUGAAAGUUCUAAAAUCUCAUUUUCUCAUAAAACAGUGCAAGAAUACUUUUCAGCAUUAUUUAUAAGUUUUCAAAAUACAAAUGAAGUUCAGAAAAUCAUCUUAGAAGAGUGCAACUGUUUACAAAAUAUUCUAGACAUGUCAAAAGUGUUUGUCUUUAUUAGUGGCAUGAACCCUAAAUUAAUGUCUACAAUAUCAAGUAAUUUAAUGCCUGUGAUAAACAAUAAUGACAAAAUAAGCAAAUACAGAACGUUGGCAGAUUAUGAUUACAUGUACAAAAAGCCAUUAAAAGACAUUCAAGACAUGUGCAUUUCUUGUAGCAAAGAAGGAAAGGAAAACAAAGAUAUCAACUUGUGUUUGCAAGAUUUCAUCAUUAAUGUAAAAUGUCAUAAAGAAAGCUACUUCAAACAAUUACAACAUAUUUGUUCUCAAAAUAAAAAAAACAUAAAAUCUAUAAGAAUACUUAAUACAAAUAUUUGUACUCUACAGGAAAUUAUCAAUUUGUUAACACUUUCUCACCUUCCACAUAUAGAGAAAUUAUGCUAUAGAGGUAAACUUGAAGAUGAGGAUAUAAUUAAGUUGUUAUUGAACCCUUUAAGGUGUUUACUUGUGAUGUCAUGUGAAUGGAAAAAUCAUAAGUUUGUAGGAAGACGUUGCCGGCUGUCUGCAGAGAUAAAUGGAAGACUGGUAAAAUUACAACACCUGGAGUGUUUAUAUAUAGACGGUUUCACUAUGACCCACGAGGUAAUGGAGACAUUGUUAAAUUUCCUCACUAGUAAAAAAUCAAUGAAAGAAAUAAAAUUGUACAGUUUAUACUGUAGUGAUCAUGAUACUUCAUGUAGGGGAUUCAACCUUGACCUGUCUCAACAUUCACAACUAAGAAAUUUAGGAUUGAGCUAUAUACCUGUGUCACAAUUAAACAUGGAUGUAUCGUUGUUAGAGAAAUGUGUUGUAAGGAAAUUAUAUAAACCUGGUGUUGUGUCAUCUUAUCUCAGUCAACUACAAGCAGCCAGUAAACUACAAACAUUUGUGUGUAGUGAUCUAGAAUCUUCCAGUGACAUAGAAACAAUGUUACAAACAUUAUCAUUGUUAUAUCAUGUGAAAUAUGUUCAGUUGGCUAGAAUCAAUCUAGAGGAUGAUUAUACCGUGUCUGUAUACCAGAAAUAUCUUUGA